UUUUUGUUCGCGGGGAUGUUUCCGCCCCUUCCCCACGCACACACUUUUAAGGAUUUCCUGCCAAAAGACAAUCCCCCCGAGCCGAAGCAGAGCAAGAAAGUAGUGACCAAUCCUUUCCGGAUGGCUGUCACCAAGCUCCUCCCAGCCCCCCGCUCCCCCUGCCAUUUGCAUACAAAACAUCCAGAGAACUCCCGUUGGCCCCCGCACCUCUCAGAGCCUCCGUCCGUCAGGCAGCAGAGCAGCCUGAGCUGGGGCCGCUCGGCACUCCGCUCAGCCCACCGCCCCGCCAUGCCGCGCCGCCUCUGCGCCCUGCUCCUGCUGGCCUCCCAGUGCCUGGCUUCGGCCGCCGGGCUCUUCCCCUUCGGGGAGCCCGACUUCUCCUACAAGCGCUCCAACUGCAAACCCAUCCCCGCCCCGAUGCUCCUGUGCCGAGGCAUCGAGUACCAGAGCAUGCGGCUGCCCAACCUGCUGGGGCACGAGACGGUGCAGGAGGUACUGGAGCAGGCCUCCACCUGGAUCCCGCUGGUGCAGAAGCAGUGUCACCCCGACACCAGGAAAUUCCUCUGCUCCCUCUUUGCCCCCGUCUGCAUCGAUGACCUGGACGAGAUCAUCCAGCCCUGCCACUCGCUCUGUGAGGAGGUGAAGGAGAGCUGCGCGCCAGUGAUGUCUGCUUUUGGCUUCCCCUGGCCCGACAUGCUGGACUGCAGCCGCUUCCCCAAGGACAAUGACCUCUGCAUCCCGCUGGCCAGCAGUGACCACAUUCUCCCAGUCACCAGGGAAGCACCCAAAGUCUGUGAUGCGUGCAAGAACAAAAAUGAGGACGAUAAUGACAUCAUGGAAAACCUCUGCAAAAAUGACUUUGCCUUGAAGAUAAAAGUGAAGGAGAUUGCCUACAUCAAUGGGGAUACCAAGAUCACCCCUGAAACAAAGAGCAAGACCAUCUACAAGCUGAAUGGGCUGACCGAAAGAGAUCUGAGAAAGAUCGUGCUCUGGCUGAAAGGUGGCCUCCAGUGUACCUGUGACGAGAUGAACGACAUCAACGUCCCCUACUUGGUGAUGGGGCAAAAGCAAGCUGGGGAACUGGUGAUCACCUCGCUGAAGCGGUGGCAGAAAGGGCAGCGGGCUUUCAAGCGGUUCUCCCGCAGCAUCCGCAAACUGCAGUGUUAGUGGCUUUGGCUGUGUUGGCUUCCAGCGGCCUCCUCUGUCCCAAGCUCUCCAGACCUCCCCAGCCUUCUUUCUUCAGCCUCUCUGCGCCUUGAGAUGCCCUGGCCAGGAGACACAGCAACCAAUCUCCAAGAUGGGGAGAGCCCUCCGUUUCUGUACAUAGGUUAAAUGUAAUAAAAAUAUAUAUAUCAUGACUAUUUUGGGGAAGUAUUAAACUAUCUCACUUAACAGUUGGGUUUUUUUUUUUUUGUUUGUUUGUUUGUUUGUUUGUUUGUUCUAAAUGGUUGCAAAUGUGACUCUUCCCUGAGGCUUUUCCUUCUUCGUUUUGGUAUUGCUGGUUCAUUUAAUUGCUGCCUCUCUGUAUACAUGCGUGUUUGUUGUGCAAAAGUAGGAGACGGGAAGACAGAUGUGUGCGCCUGGCCCGCCACAAGGGGUACGACUCUUUCACUGAGGUGAAAUGGCUUGCCAUCUAUAUUAAAUUUAUAAAGGUCAUGUUACAACUCUUGCAUGUGAUACAUAGGCACCAAUAAGGGUAUAUUAGCCAUUCUCAAGUUUUGUUUUCCACAAGACUGAGCCCUUUUCUUAGGAGAAAAAAAAACAAAAAAACAAAAAACAAAAAGGUUUUGGAACUGGUUUAUCUGAAUGCAACUUUUUUCUUCUUAUUUUGCAAAUUAAACAUCUGCAGCCUAACUGUAACAUACCUAGUGGUUAACCUGAGAGAGUUGUAAAAUAUUGCUUUAAUUAGCCUUGUAAAUACUCCAGAUAAAUGUUAUAUUCUUGUAUAUAAACUUUACAUCAUAGUUUUCCUAUUGUCUUGACUUGUUCUUGGACAAAUUCACUUUAAUCUGUUUUGGGAAAAAGGUGUCCAACUGCGCCUUGUCAUGGCAAAACAAGAUUCACCCUUCUACCCCAAAUGACCAACGGUCACCAACAGUGAAACUGCUGAUGCUGGCUGCAAUUAAGAAAACCAUGCAGUACCUCAUUUCCCCAAAGACCAACCCAUGUAACAUGAAGGUUGGGGUACACUUACCUCAUUUUAAUAGAUUUCUGUUGAGCACUUCGAGAUGAAAACUUCUCUGUGGUUUCUUUGACUGCCUACAGUUUCAUCCCAUCUCAGAAGACUCUGCUGAUGUGGAAUAGCAAUGAAAUCACUUGCUUAAAAAUCAUACCCAUUUAUCCAUUUCUUACACUUGUCCAAGAGUAGACAAAAACCUGAUUUGUUACCAACAGUUCAGAAUAAUUUAAAUGGUAGAAUAAAGUAUGUUUUGUGUGCACUUUCAGUAUUCCUAUUUAGAAAAUAAACCGUUUGCACUACCCUAAUAGUGUAACUAGA